AUCAGAAGCUGCGGCUUAGCCUGUCGUGACGGGCUUCAUAUACACAAUACACUCAGUAGAUAGCGCUGGAGUAGACUGGAGGUGACUGGCCAGUUUUCUCGUCUCGAGAUGCCGUGCUCGAGCCCUGAAUGCAAGCGACGAUGGGUGUCACUGCGAGACCAAUUUAGAAAAUGUGUUAUUAAAAAAACAAAGAGUGGACAAGCUGCCAUACCCAAGAAGCCAUGGAAGUAUGAGGAGAUUAUGGCUUUCCUGCGCCCAUACAUGCUGGAGCGGGAAACAGUUUCUAACAUAACUGUUGAUAUUUGUUCAGAGGAUGAAUCAAACAGUGAGAUGUCAUCACCUAUUCCGGACAUUGAAAAUAACAGUGAUUUGAGGUCAGAUACAAGCAGGCCUGUCAUGCAAAAGCGUAGUCAAAGUGGCAAUAAGAGGAGAACUACAGACUCUGCAUCUGCUUCUCUGAUGAAUUAUAUUCUAGCGACACAGCCAAAGGGAGAUCACAUUGACAGUCUUCUUUCAGGGAUACGUGCCAGUAUAAAAAGAUUGUCCCCAUUGCGGCAAAUACAAGCUAAAGACGAAAUUUACAGAAUAGUGUCUGAUCUAGAAGGGGAUCAAGUGUGUGAAAAUAUUAAUAGUGAUACAUCGUGAACAGUGCUGUUAGUUACACAGU